CGAACCCCACACUCCUUAUAGCAGGGUUGUACGUGUCGUCAGCGUGUGUUACGAGGAGGUUUGAACUGCACAGCUAAUUAUUCUGAAAAUGGCGAGCUGGUGUGUACGAGCAGUUAGACAGAGCUACUCUUUUGUAGCUUCGCCUGCGCUAACAAGGGGGUCUCCACGAUUGUUAUGCAUGGCCACCCAGCAGAAGAAUGGCCACAGGUCAGAGGAGGAGGCUGAGAAGCCAGAACCAAGCCCAACAGAGAAAACCCUGAUGGAGGAGAAGACCCAGCUGGAGGAUCAGCUCAAAGACAUGACAGAAAAGUACAAGAGGGCGUUGGCAGACACAGAGAACCUCAGGACGAGAACUCAGAAGAUGAUAGAGGACGCGAAAUUAUAUGGGAUCCAGAGCUUCUGCAAGGACCUGCUGGAAGUUGCAGACAUUUUAGAGAAGGCCACAGAGAGCGUGCCCAAGGAGGAGGUGACAAGCCAGAACCCUCACCUGAAGAACUUGUACGACGGCCUGGUGAUGACUGAGGUCCAGAUCCAGAAGGUGUUCACCAAGCACGGCCUUAUCAAGCUCAACCCAGAUGGCCAGAAAUUUGACCCCUAUGAGCAUGAGGCCCUCUUCCACGCCCCUGUCGAGGGUAAAGAGCCUGGCACUGUUGCCGUAGUAACCAAAGUGGGCUACAAGCUUCAUGGUCGUACCCUCAGACCAGCUUUGGUGGGUGUAGCCAAAGCUCUCUAGAACUGACACUGCAAGUCUGUAACAGAGCGGGAUUAGUAUUUCUUUCCUGACUGUUGGUUGACCUCAGGCUCAGCAGACUGCUCAAGGCACCCUACCAACAUCUUCUCACAUGUCUGUCCACACAUCCCCUUCCUAGGGUGCCUCAAAGAGAAGGGGAGCCCAGCUGAACUUUGUAUCUGGACGGUAUCCAACAGUUUUUAACUGAUACACUAUGUAUCGCACAGGAUUUUUUUUUUUUUUUUUUUUCUUUCAUUAGUCAUGCAAGUUGUGAUCUUUGUCUUUUGAUCAAGGAACCCAGGACAGGUAUUCAUAUACAUAGUUCUCAGAACUAUAAAUAAUAAGGAAAAGUAUGAAGUGAGAUCUCGAACCCCUGCUUGCAAGACUUUUUGGGCAGAGAUGAGGUAUAAAAUAUGUUCACAAAGUGGUUAAUGUUGUUAUCAUUCCAGACUUCAGUGUAAAGUGCUCAUAUUAAUAACCGUAAUUAGAAUAAUAAUUCAAUUCAUCCUGUGAAAAAGUGAAAGAACAGUACAACAGGAAAUGAUAGAAAGGUUGACAUUUGCUCUGUGCUGAUAGCGGCUUUCUAUCAGUGCUAUCAGCCCUGUUAAAGUAAUCCUGGUAUUGUGGAUGUGAUCAGGUGGGGUAAGCCAACUUCAGCCAGCGUAACAUCUCUCCCAGAGUCGUGGUGGACUGUGAUGUGAGAGCUUUAUCUGUCAAGAAGAAGAAUUCUGUAUAUGGACCUUUUUGUCCAAAUUGUCACUGCGUCCAAAUAAACUGGUGAAUUUUGAAAUCCU